GGUUAGAGGUCAGGAAAGGCACGCCAAUAUAUCAACGCGUCGCGACCAAUCUUAUCUUAUCUUAUCGAUAGCGCGCCCAUCUUUUCUACGUUAUCGGUGACAGUUGAGGCAUUGCCCUGACUCACGACUGCCAUUGAGAUCACUUCAAACUCCCACGAUCCGUCUGACAACAACAUGGCAUCUUCAAAUGGCGCCCCAACGGCGGGCAAGCUAUGGGGUGGACGAUUCACUGGUGGCCAGGACCCGAUCAUGACGCAGUACAACGAGUCCAUCUACUUCGACCGCAAGUUCUACUCUCAAGACAUUCGCGGCAGCAUUGCAUACGCGCGAGCAAACACGAAGACGGGCAUCUUGACGUCCGCCGAGUUUGCCGAGAUUGAACGUGGCCUGCAGCAAAUCCACCAAGAAUGGGAAUCUGGCUCCUUCCACAUUCAUCCCGGCGUGGACGAAGACAUCCACACGGCCAAUGAGCGCCGUCUGGCCGAGGUGAUUGGCAAGGAUAUCGCCGGAAAGCUUCACACCGGACGCAGUCGGAAUGAUCAAGUCGCCACCGACAUGCGGCUCUGGUUGCGCGAGCAGAUUGAGCAGCUGGAGAGGUAUCUCGUCGACUUUCUCAAGGUCAUCACCGCCCGCGCCGAAAAGGAGAUUGAGCAUGUCAUGCCAGGAUACACUCAUCUGCAGCGAGCGCAGCCCAUCCGCUGGUCGCAUUGGAUGCUCAUGUACGGAUCCUUCUUUGCUUCCGAUCUCCAACGCCUGCGUGAGGUGAAGGCUCGAGUCAAUCGCUCUCCGCUUGGCGCAGGUGCGUUGGCGGGCAACCCGUUCAACAUCGACCGUGAUGCCGUUGCAGAAGAAUUGGGAUUCGAGAGCGUGCUCAUGAACUCCAUGGCCGCUGUCGCCGACCGGGAUUUCGUCGUCGAGACGAUGCAAUGGGGCAGCAUGUUGAUGACGCAUCUCUCUCGAUGGGCGGAAGAUCUGAUCAUCUACUCGUCUGGAGAGUUUUCUUUUGUGCGACUGGCCGACGCCUACUCUACUGGCUCCUCUAUCAUGCCACAAAAGAAGAAUCCCGAUUCCCUCGAGCUGCUGAGAGGCAAGGCAGGACGGGCGUUUGGACAGAUGGCGGGGUUGAUGAUGAGUGUCAAAGGCAUUCCAUCGACGUACAACAAGGAUCUUCAGGAAUCAGUCGAGCCGCUACUCGAUCACGUCAAGACGGUUGGCGACAGUUUGCAGAUCGCUACUGGCGUCAUCUCCACUCUCGACAUCUUGCCCGAGAACAUGCACAAGUCGCUGACACCUGAUAUGCUGGCCACCGAUCUAGCAGAGUACCUCGUUCGCAAAGGCGUGCCGUUCAGGGAGACGCAUCACAUUUCGGGGCGGGUCGUGGCGUUGGCGGAGAAGGAGAAGAAGCCCAUGGACCAGCUCAGCUUUGCGCAACUACAGGGUGUCGACAAGCGGUUUGAUGAGGAUGUGCUGGCGGUGUUUGACUACCAGAAGAGUGUGGAGAUGCGUUCGGCCAAGGGGGGGACGAGCAGGAGUGCGGUGAUGGAGCAGAUUGAGGCCGUCAAGAAGGCUCUGGCGGGGGAGAAGUAGACGCAGCAUUGUAGCUUCUUUUCUGAUGCGUUGAAGCGAUGUAGACUACUUUCAUGGCAGGUCCGACUAGACAUUAGAACCUGAAAUGCCCUUAUUUCUUAAUACAGUCCAUGGACACAGUUUGAAUGCCG